GCUCAUUUGCGGCCCCUAGUGGUUCGAAGUCAGUACUGCUGGCUAACAUGUAAACACGGAAGCAGAGUGACAAUAACAAAGCUGGGUCCUUCCAGUGGCAGCCAUGGCACAACAUCGAGGGGUGAAUGGGCUGAGGUUUAACCAGGACCAGAGUUGUUUCUGUUGUGCUAUGGAGACUGGAGUGCGCAUCUUUAACAUUGAGCCUCUAAUGGAAAAGGGACAUCUUGAUUUGGAGCAAGUGGGCAGUGUUGGACAAGUGGAGAUGCUGCACAGGUGUAAUUUGCUGGCACUGGUGGGUGGUGGCAGCAAUCCCAAAUUCUCAGACAUUUCAGUGCUGAUUUGGGAUGACUCUCGUGAUGGAAAAGAUAAGCUGGUCUUGGAGUUCACAUUCACGAAACCUGUGCUGAGUGUCCGUUUGAGGUCUGACAAGAUUGUCAUUGUGGUGAAGAAUCGGAUAUACGUUUACUCUUUCCCUGACAACCCAACAAAACUCUUUGAAUUUGACACACGAGACAACCCCAAAGGUCUGUGUGACCUUUGCCCCAGUAUGGAGAAACAGCUACUGGUUUUCCCAGGACACAAAUGUGGCAGCCUGCAGCUUGUGGACCUGUGCAAUGCAAAACCAAGCAGCUCGUCCGCACCAUUCACUAUCAACGCUCAUCAGAGCGAGCUUGGAUGCCUGGCGGUAAAUCAGCAGGGAACACUGGUAGCAUCUGCCUCACGGAAAGGAACACUUAUUCGACUUUUUGACACUCAGACACGAGAGCAACUUGUGGAAUUACGUCGUGGUACGGACCCUGCUACUCUGUACUGUAUUAAUUUCAGUCAUGACAACUGCUUCCUGUGCAGCUCCAGUGAUAAAGGAACCGUUCAUAUCUUCGCUCUUAAAGACACUAAACUCAACCGUCGUUCAGCCUUGGCACGAGUUGGGAAGGUUGGACCCAUGAUAGGUCAAUAUGUGGACUCACAGUGGAGUUUAGCCAGUUUCACCGUGCCUGCAGAGUCUGCUUGUAUCUGUGCUUUUGGCAAGAACACAUCAAAAAAUGUGAAUUCUGUCAUAGCCGUCUGCGUAGAUGGAACUUUUCAUAAGUAUGUCUUCACCCCAGAAGGAAACUGCAAUCGAGAAGCUUUUGAUGUUUAUCUGGAUAUAUGUGACGAUGACAUCUUCUAAAAUGCUCCAACGCAGACUGUGCAUGACAUGAUGGUGCCUCAUCCUAUGUAGAAAGCCAUACGAUAAACAUCUUGAGAGCAUUUUGUAGAUAUUAAUGUUACAGUUGGACAGUCCUUCCUUGAGAAAAUUGCUGCACUGUGUUUUAUUACUGUAUAUAGACAUAUUGUUAAAUUAGCAUAUACUUUGUGAUCUUCAUCUACUUUUCACGUUGGUAAAUAAGCCCAAGGGACUCUUGGCUGUAGUUUCAGUAUUACACAGAAACUGGUAUUAUUCCUAGAAGCACAUAUUUGCAUUAGCCAUUCAGCAUUAGCCUGAGAUGUCUUCUUAAUCAAUUCCACUACAGUCUGAAUAGAAAGGGGAGGAAAUGUCGAUUACAAACAUUGCAUCCAUUUUUCAAAUCAUGUUUGGUUUAUUUAAAGUGGGAUUGUCACUAGGUGGAAAUGACAAAUCACUGUAAAACCUCAAACAGCUGCUGAGACUAUUAUUGGAAUACAUAGCAUAGGAGAGGUAAGUAAAAUGCCGAAUUACCAAUAGUGCACUUCCAUUUCAGGAUGAGAUGGUCCCCUGAUGCUUCGGGCCUGUGCAAAGAAAUGCUGUGGCGAUAUGUGUGUCUGUCUGUGGGGGGUGGAGGUGUUUAAAUGAAUGUAAAUGGCAUGCUCCGGCUGGGCCAGGACAGCCAGUUUUUAUGAAGUAAAGACUACCAUGAUUUAUAAAACAAAAAAUAAGUAAAACAACUCAACCAAAAGUCUACUUUUUAUUAUCGAACUGUGACAGUUCCACUUUAAACAUCUGCUGGUCAUGAUUAAUUACUAUUGCCAGAGUUAUUCAAUAAACUGUGAAUUGCAAAUUAAAACCAACUGACAAAAUUCAGGAUGUCACAUCAGAAGACUUUUUUUUUUAGCAACUAUUUUAGCCUACAUUUUGCCAUUUGGGUAUUACAUAUUUACAAAUUGGAGUUGAAUAUUGUUCAUUUUCAGCUAGGUAAGAUAAAAAGAAUAUAAUUUGGCCAUAGGUUCAAAGUGUUUCAGGUUUUGAUGACCAGAACAGUAGAGGGCUUGUUAUGAAAAUCCCAAAGCUCUGUCCUAGUAGGUGUUGGAGUAGGGAUGAAAAUUAACUGAGAACCUAUGAGUUCAAGAAGAACACGUUUUAAGGUUUGUCCUGGUAUCAGCAGUGGCCAGGCUGAGAACUCAAUGUGUCUUUUGGAAAGGUUGUCCUGCUUCUCAUGUGAAUAGAUACGGUUUGUACAACAUUAUUAACAAUGCUGAGAAAUCUCUUUAAAAAGUGGAGUGGAAAUAAAAAAAAAAAUUCUGAAUAUGAA